UUUUUCAAAUUACAGAAUGCUUUGGUACUAGUGAUGGGUAGCAAAGAAGAAGACGUACCUGCUGCACCAGUUGAACAGACUCGCUUUGUUGAAGAUAUGAACGAGGCAGAAUUGGCAACAGCUUUGGACCUACCUGAAGGUCUCAUUAACUUGGGUAACACUUGCUACAUGAAUGCCACAGUUCAGUGUCUCAAAACAGUUCCUGAACUUAAAAAUGCACUACUUGGGUAUGAUCAAUCGUCUGGUGGUGGGACCGCGGGCGGACUGACAUCGGCACUGAGCGAGACAAUGCGGGCGUUAGAGGGAGGGGGAGCGGGCGCGUGCGCAGCGGCCGCAGCAAGGUUACUGAACGCAUUGCACGCGGCCGCACCCCGCCUUGCUGAGAGGGGGCCGGGCGGGCAACUGGCCCAGCAAGAUGCCUCCGAGUGUUGGACUGAGAUCGUCCGAGCUUUGACGAUGAGGCUGCCUAUUGCCCCUGAACCCAAUAGUAAAUCCCUGGUGGAACAAUACUUUGGAGGUACAUUAGAUGUUGAACUGGUAUGCAGUGAAGCAGACGAGCCACCGACUCGCUCCACUGAGUCGUUCUUACAACUCUCAUGCUUUAUCUCACAAGAUGUCAAAUAUUUACAAUCGGGCCUAAGAUCUAAAAUGGCAGAGCAAAUCACAAAAAUGUCACAGACAUUAGGAAGAGAUGCAGUCUAUACGAAAACUAGCAAAAUCAGUCGUUUACCAGCAUACUUAACAGUGCAAUUUGUACGUUUUUACUACAAAGAAAAAGAAUCCAUCAAUGCCAAAAUUCUUAAAGAUGUUAAGUUUCCUUUAGACUUGGAUGUGUAUGAACUUUGUUCUUCAGAGCUUCAAGAACGCCUGACACCAAUGAGAAAUAAAUUCAAGGAACUAGAGGACGUGUCUAUCGAAAAAUCUUUAACUGCUAAGAACAAAAGUCAUGGAGACAGUAAAAGAGAGAAUAAAAGAAAACGGAUAAUGCCUUAUUGGUUUGAGAAUGACGUCGGCAGCAACAACAGCGGCUACUACCGGCUGCAGGCCGUGCUGACGCACCGCGGGCGCUCCUCGUCGUCGGGGCACUACGUGGCGUGGGUGGCGCGCGGCGACGGCUGGCUGCGCUGCGACGACGACGCCGUGUCGCCCGUCUCGGAGGAGGAGGUGCUCAAGCUCAGCGGGGGAGGUGAUUGGCACUGUGCCUACCUUCUGCUGUACGGACCUAAGAUCCUGGAGAUCCCUGAAGAGGACGAGGAGGAGCCCAUGGUCACCGACGUCACCGAGGACCCUGCCGGAGACCCCCCCACCGCGCUUGCGUAACCGCUCUACACUUGACACCUAUCUCGAAAGCAGGCUUUAGGAAUGAGGGAUCAAGUUCGUCCGGAUUGCAAUUAUGAAAUCGGAAUUUAAUGGAAUCACAAAAGCGGAAUAAAUCGUUCUUUUAGCCUAGUAUUUAUGUUUAUUUCGUAGAUUUCACACAAAGAUUAUCAAAAAUAUGUAUAAAGAAAUUGACAGGAGAUAAAUAAAAGGUGAAUUCAAACUUUCAUAGAAUUUUGACUCAUCAGUAAAAUACGACAAUCGUUAAACAAAAAUUGCUAAAUAGAGAUAAUUUGAUCAUAUAUAAAAUAUAAUUAAAUAAAUUAAAUUACGUCAAUGUUUGAUAUUUACGUACUAAUUGAACAUACCAUAACUAGGUUUUAUAAUAGUGAUAAUCCAUUUUAUAACGAAUACACUCGAAUUGUAUUGAAUUUGAAUUAUGUUCUUAGCUAUAAAAUUUAUUAAUGUAUAGAAUAAUAAUAAAAAAAUUUAAAAGUGUAUCCUACAAUACAAUCAACAAUUUUAAAUACCAUCUUUAACCACACUGGUACUUUUUAUAUUUUUAUAUAUGUAAGGUACGCUUUAGAAAUACAUCAGUUAUGAUAAACGUUGUUAGUUACAGUACAGACCUUCUUAUAACGGCUCAUUCAGUUUGUUCUGUAAAAUUAGGAAUUAUUCUUAAUCGUAACAUUUUAAUUUUUACUUUUUCACGCUGGUAUAGAAAUUGACUCGUGUUUAGCACAAAGAUUUCAAAAAUUUAAUUUACAAUAAAAAUAACUUGGAAAAAAGCUACGCUCGUUCCUAUAAAAGCUAAGUGAGAUAUUAAUCAAGCAAUUUCGCAAUUGCAAUGUGCUGACUGAAUUGGAAGUUUACAAUUUUAAUUUAUUAUAAAUUAAGCAUUGAAAAGGCUGUUCAUUGCUUAAAGCGCUUUAGUUAGCACUUCUCGAUUUAUAUCUAAGUUCCGUGUACUAAUAUUGAAUUUAUAAGACUAAUUAUAAUAAAUGAUCUACUCAAUACUA